AUGUCUCACUCUUGCGAACAUGAACAUCACCACGGUGGCCAUGGCCAUGAUGGUCACGAUGACCACGACCAUUCUCACGUCGCUCCAAUACCGACAAACGAAUCACAAUCAUUGAGGCAAUAUGUUGAUGUCUUCAAGUUAACAGGAUUAAACAUCGCACAACCAAAUGACAAGAUUCAAAAAGUUUUCAAAGACGGUGAUAAUAAAUACCAAGUAUCUGACUACAUAGAAUCAGAUGCUGAUGCACAAUUUAUCCUAAAUAUACCAUUCACUGGGAAUGUUAAACUCUAUUCAAUCAUUUUGAGAACAAAUGGUGAAGCAGCAAAUUGUCCAAAAACUAUUAAAUUGUUCAAAAACAAAACAAAUUUGGAUUUUGAUAAUAUCAAUGAUACAAAACCAACUUAUAAAAUCGAACAACCACAAGUUGGUCAUCUAGGUGAUGAAAAUGGAGAUGAUGUUGACGAAUCAUCAUUUGUUGAACAUUAUUUACCAAGAAAUUUGUUCCAAUCAACCACUCAAUUAUCACUAUUUGUUGAAAAUAACUGGGAAGAUGAUGAAGAUGAAUUAACAAAAGUUUACUACAUGGAGAUAAGAGGCAUGUUCACAUCACCAUUAAGUAAGGAUCCAGUUAUUACGCUAUACGAAUCAGCUGCAAACCCUGCUGAUCAUAAAAAUUUACUUGCUAAUGAAAUUGGUAACCAAGCUGGGUUUGAUUGA